UUCCUUUGCUGCUGUUGCGUUGCAAAAAAAAUCCUGACUAGGUAGCCUUGGGCCUUUUCUGUGGUAGAGGAUCUAAAGGGGAGAGAAACAUUACUGCAGCCGAAGGGGCACUCGGGUGGUAUUAAAUUUAAGAUAGUAACGCCCGCCCUAAUAGGGGUGUGGUGAUAGAAGUGGGGAAGGGUCUUACUUAGCGUAGAGAGCCAAAGAAUAUAAAACCAUUGGUUUGGGGGUCAGGCAUUUUGAAGGGCUUUGCCCUGUUUUCUGCGAAAUUUCUGGUAACUGACUGGUUUAAACACAACCCCCUGAACAAUUCUGAUAAACCUUCGAAUCCCGCAGCCCCUCCUUGCAGGUGUGGGAGCCACCAGCGUGCUCAGCAGCUGACCCGCCCGUCUUACCGUCUGAAGAGCCCAGCGCGUGCACCAUCCCCUCCCCCUGACCUCCCUCCCCACCUACGGCUUUCACGCACUCGCAGUGAUUGUUUUGCUCGCUCCCGCCGCCGCCUCGCCGCCGCCGCCGCCGCCGCCGCCAGAGGAGCAGCAGCGCUAGUGCAAACCGGGAAGAUGGCGGCCGGCGGCGGCGGAGGCAGCAGUAAGGCCUCCUCCUCGUCGGCCUCUUCGUCAGGGGCCUUGGAGUCCUCACUGGAUCGAAAAUUCCAGUCGGUAACCAACACCAUGGAAUCUAUUCAAGGCCUGUCGUCUUGGUGUAUAGAGAACAAGAAACACCACGCUACUAUCGUCUACCAUUGGAUGAAGUGGCUCCGGAGAUCUGCCUAUCCCCACCGUUUGAAUCUCUUUUACCUUGCCAAUGAUGUCAUACAGAACUGUAAAAGGAAAAACGCAAUCAUAUUCCGUGAAUCGUUUGCUGAUGUCCUUCCUGAAGCAGCUACUCUAGUGAAGGAUCCAUCUGUCUCUAAGUCUAUAGAACGAAUCUUUAAAAUCUGGGAAGAUAGAAAUGUAUACCCAGAAGAAAUGAUUAUGGCUUUAAGAGAAGCUUUGAGUACCACUUUCAAAACUCAGAAGCAGAUGAAAGAAAAUCUGAACAAACAACCGAAUAAGCAGUGGAAGAAAUCACAAACAUCCACAAAUCCAAAAGCCGCUCUCAAGUCUAAGAUAGUUGCUGAAUUUCGAUCUCAGGCCCUCAUUGAAGAACUGCUGCUGUAUAAGCGCUCAGAAGAUCAGAUAGAAUUGAAGGAAAAACAGCUGUCAACUAUGCGUGUGGACGUGUGUAGCACAGAAACUCUCAAAUGCUUAAAAGAUAAGACCGGUGGGAAGAAGUUCUCCAAAGAAUUUGAAGAGGCAAGUGCCAAGCUGGAGGAAUUUGUGAAUGGAUUAGAUAAGCAAGUGAAAAAUGGGCCCUCACUAACUGAAGCACUGGAAAAUGCUGGAAUUUUCUAUGAAGCACAGUACAAAGAAGUAAAAGUGGUGGCCAAUGCAUACAAAACUUUUGCUAAUCGAGUGAACAAUUUGAAGAAAAAGCUAGAUCAACUGAAGUCAACCCUUCCUGAUCCAGAAGAAUCACCAGUUCCUUCCCCAAGUAUGGAUGCUCCCUCUCCGACUGGUUCUGAGUCUCCUUUUCAGGGAAUGGGAGGUGAGGAAUCUCAGUCACCUGCCAUGGAGAGUGAGAAAUCUGCCACACCUGAGCCUGCAACUGAUAAUCGUGAUGUUCAAGACAUGGAGCUCUCAGAUGUGGAAGAUGAUGGGUCAAAAAUCAUUGUAGAGGACAGGAAGGAAAAACCCGUGGAGAAGUCAGCUGUAUCCACCUCUGUACCUACAAAGCCAACGGAAAGUGUAUCAAAGGCCUCUUCAUGUACCCCAGUGCCUGUGACCAUGACAGCAACACCCCCUCUACCAAAGCCUGUGAAUCCUUCUCUUCUGUCCCCUUCUCCAGCAUUGGCUUUGCCAAACCUAGCUAAUGUGGAUUUGGCAAAGAUCAGUUCCAUCCUUAGCAGCCUGACAUCAGUCAUGAAAAAUACUGGGGUCAGUCCUGCAUCAAGACCUUCUCCAGGAACUCCUACAAGUCCUGGCAACCUCUCCAGUGGCCUGAAAACACCUGCACCUGCCACAACAACAUCUCACAACCCUUUGGCAAAUAUCCUCUCGAAGGUGGAGAUCACCCCAGAGAGCAUUCUGUCUGCUCUUUCCAAAACCCAGACACAAUCAGCACCUGCACUGCAAGGACUGUCAUCUUUACUUCAGAGUGUUACUGGGAACCCAGUUCCGGCCAGUGAAGCUGCAUCCCAGAGCACUUCCACUUCCCCUGCCAACACCACCACAGUCUCUAGCGUAAAAGGAAGGAAUCUGCCCUCCAACACCCAAUCCUUUAUUCCCAAAAGCUUCAACUAUUCUCCUAAUUCAUCAACAUCUGAAGUCUCUUCAACUUCAACUAGCAAGGCCUCAAUCGGGCAAAGCCCAGGGCUUCCAAGCACUACUUUCAAGCUACCGUCCAACUCUCUGGGGUUCACGGGCACCCACAAUACUAGCUCUGCUGCCCCACCUACUGAAGUUGCCAUGUGCCAAUCUUCAGAGAUCUCCAAACCGAAGCUGGAGUCCGAGUCCACCUCCCCAAGCCUGGAAAUGAAGAUCCAUAACUUCUUAAAAGGUAAUCCUGGUUUCAGUGGCUUAAACUUAAACAUCCCAAUUCUGAGCAGUUUGGGGUCCAGUGCCCCAGCAGAAAGCCAUCCCUCAGACUUCCAGCGUGGCCCUACUAGCACUUCAGUCGACAACAUUGAUGGAACCCCUGUAAGGGAUGAACGCAGUGGGACGCCCACUCAAGAUGAGAUGAUGGACAAGCCCACGUCCAGCAGUGUAGAUACCGUGUCCCUGCUUUCUAAGAUCAUUAGCCCUGGUUCUUCAACACCCAGCAGUACAAGAUCACCACCUCCUGGGAGAGAGGAAGGCUACUCCCGGGAGCUCUCCAAUUCUGUAUCUACAUAUCGGCCCUUUGGCCUGGGCAGUGAAUCACCCUAUAAGCAGCCUUCAGAUGGAAUGGAGAGACCAUCUUCUCUGAUGGACUCUUCACAGGAAAAGUUCUAUCCAGAUACUUCUUUCCAGGAAGAUGAGGAUUACCGAGAUUUUGAGUAUUCAGGGCCUCCACCCUCUGCCAUGAUGAACUUAGAGAAGAAACCAGCCAAGUCUAUCCUGAAAUCCAGCAAGCUUACUGAUACCACCGAGUACCAGCCAAUCCUGUCCAGUUACAGCCACAGGGUCCAAGAAUUUGGAGUAAAGUCUGCCUUCCCUCCAUCUGUAAGGGCCCUCCUGGACUCUAGUGAGAACUGUGACCUUCUCUCACCUUCCCCUGGGCUAUUUGGUGCCUUCAACAUAAGAGGGAAUGAACCUGGGUCUAACCGGUCACCGUCACCGAGUAAGAAUGAUUCAUUUUUCACCCCUGACUCCAACCACAAUAGCUUGUCUCAAUCUACCACUGGGCAUCUCAGUUUGCCACAGAAGCAGUACCCAGACUCUCCUCACCCAGUCCCACAUCGUUCCCUUUUCUCUCCGCAGAAUCCCCUUGCUGCUCCCACGGGCCAUCCGCCCACAUCAGGCGUGGAGAAAGUCCUAGCCUCCACCAUUUCCACCACGUCGACGAUUGAGUUUAAGAAUAUGCUUAAAAACGCCUCACGAAAGUCCUCAGAUGAUAAGCAUUUUGGCCAGGCCCCGGGCAAGGGCACUUCAAGCGAUGGUGUCAGUCUCUCAAACCUCACCCAGCCCAGUUUGACCGCCACUGACCAGCAGCAACAAGAAGAGCACUACCGAAUAGAAACCCGAGUCUCCUCCUCCUGCUUAGACUUACCUGACAGCACCGAAGAAAAAGGGGCCCCAAUAGAAACCUUGGGUUAUCAUAAUGCAUCCAAUAGGCGGAUGUCCGGGGAGCCAAUACAGACCGUAGAGUCCGUCCGAGUUCCUGGGAAGGGAAAUAGAGGACAUGGGCGUGAGGCUUCAAGGGUGGGUUGGUUUGAUCUGAGCACUGCAGGCAGCUCUUUUGACAAUGGCCCCUCAAGUGCCUCUGAGUUGGCAUCCCUUGGGGGUGGGAGCAGUGGAGGCCUCACUGGCUUUAAAGCAGCACCAUACAAGGAACGGGCACCCCAAUUUCAGGAAAGUGUCGGCAGCUUUCGUUCCACCAGUUUCAACUCAACAUUUGAGCAUCAUCUUCCCCCAUCCCCCUUGGAACAUGGGACACCCUUCCAGAGAGAGCCAGUGGGUCCGUCGUCUGCCCCACCCGCUCCUCCUAAGGAUCAUGGUGGUAUCUUCUCUCGAGAUGCACCCACUCAUCUGCCCUCUGUGGAUCUUUCGAACCCCUUCACAAAGGAGGCAGCCUUGGCCCAUGCUGCCCCACCCCCUCCUCCUGGAGAGCACAGCGGAGUCCCUUUCCCCACCCCACCCCCUCCGCCCCCUGGGGAACAUAGCAGCAGCGGUGGGAGUGGUGUUCCCUUUUCCACUCCACCCCCGCCUCCCCCUGUUGACCACUCUGGGGUUGUACCCUUCCCAGCCCCACCGCUGGCAGAGCACGGAGUGGCAGGGGCAGUGGCAGUAUUUCCCAAGGACCAUAGUUCCCUCCUUCAAGGGACCCUGGCUGAUCAUUUUGGGGUGCUCCCAGGACCCAGGGACCACGGGGGCCCCACCCAACGGGACCUCAACGGCCCUGGCCUUAGCCGUGUGCAUGAGAGCCUGAGCCUGCCCUCUCAUUCUCUGGAGCACCUGGGCCCAGCCCAUGGAGGAGGUGGGGGAGGCAGCAACAGCAGCAGUGGCCUCCCCUUGGGUCCCUCACACAGAGACGCCAUCAACCGGAGUGGUAUGAUUUUGCGGAGUCCUCGGCCAGACUUUCGGCCCAGGGAACCUUUUCUCAGCAGAGACCCGUUCCACAGUUUAAAGAGACCCAGGCCACCUUUUGUUAGGGGCCCUCCGUUCUUUGCACCAAAACGCCCAUUCUUCCCUCCCAGGUACUGAUGGAAACCAAGAGAAAGGCAUUUUAAACAGUCUAGAGAGCAUUGGAAGUAGGAAUUUGGUUUAUUGUUGUUUUUGUUUCCCCUCCUUUGAUUUGUUUUGUUUUUUUUAUGACCAAGGGCCUCCCUUCCAAAGUACGAAGUCAUAUGCUUACAUUUCACUAUUCUAUCCAGUCCUCCUUCCCACUGCACUCACCUGCCUUCCCCAAGUUGUUUGUAUUUUAGGGGGCGGGUUGGGCAGGGGACAGGCAAAGAAACACAACCAAAGCCACUUUCCUUUGGCUGGGAGUUUGAGGGAUGGGAAGGAAAGCAAAUCUUAUAUUACCCUAUCUAUUGAAGAGUAUUAAUACAUUUGAAAUAAAACUUCCACCAUUACAGAUGA